GCGGCCACUUGAGGUAAGCUGUGUGGCUGCAUUGAAGAAAUCCUGGAAUAAUUAUUCAUCUUUAUUGCCAUGGCAACGAGUACUUCAAGUUCAACCAAUCAUGAUCAUGCUUUGCAAGUGAUCAAGAAAUAUCGAACUUAUGUUGACAUGAUUGUUGAUGCAACUAUCACAGAUGAUGAUAAACUAAAUGCAGCUCAAGAGAUAAGUGAAAAUUUUGAGGUGAUCAUUGUUUCUCCACACUAUGCAGGAUUCCUAGAAUAUGCUAUUCCACGAUUUCUCAAGUUCCUUCGAGAAGGUGAACCUCAGUUUAUUGCUGAAGGUGUAAUUCAGCAACUGCGAAAGCUGAUCUUGGAAAUCAUUCAUCGUAUUCCAACAAAUGACCAUCUAAGAGUGCACUAUAAGAAUAUCCUUACUGUAAUGUUUAACAUGUUGGAGUCGGAGAAUGAAGAAAAUGUCUUGGUUUGUCUUCGUAUUAUCAUUGAGCUACAUCGUCAAUUUCGUCCUCCGAUGCAAGCAGAGAUUCAGCUUUUCUUACAUUUCGUCAAAAACAUCUUUAAAGAAUUACCAAAUAAUAUUAAAACGUCUUUUGAAGUUGUGACAAUCACACCAACUGGUUAUCUUCCUGCUGAAGUUAAUGGUGGUGCUACUGCAGCUCCUGUUGCUCCUAGUCCUGUUGUGUUAAGUAGUCCUGGUCAGUCUUCUAAAGGAAAUAGUCAGGAUGUUACUUCAACUGGAAAAACAAACCAACAGACUAUAAUACCUAAGGCUGUUACAUCAUUGAAAGUUCUAGCGGAAUUGCCUAUAAUUGUCGUUCUCUUAUUUCAGCUUUACAAGACGAAUGUUUUGGGGGAAAUUCGAGAGUUUAUUCCAUUAAUCAUCAAAACAAUAGUUUUGCAACCGUCCAUGCAAGCAAGGAGUUCAUCAAGUUUUAAUAAAGAAAUAUAUGUUGACUUUGUUUCGGCACAAAUAAAAACUCUGUCAUUCUUGGCUUUUAUUAUAAGAGCGUAUCAGGAAUACGUAAAUAACUUUUACCAGAAUAUGGUUGGAGGAAUGCUUGGAUUAUUUCGCUAUUGUCCUCAGGAAGUUGCUCAUUUAAGAAAAGAGUUGUUGAUUGCAGCCAGACAUAUAUUGGUCACUGACAUACGAAACAGAUUUGUUCCGUAUAUUGAUCAAUUGUUUGAUGAAGACGUUUUGAUUGGUUCUGGUUGGACUGCUCGUGAAUCACUUCGACCGUUGGCCUACAGUACAUUGGCCGAUCUUGUGCAUCACGUUCGAAGUCAUCUACCACUUCAACAUUUGUCUCUUGCCGUACAUUUGUUUUCAAAAAACGUUCAUGAUGAAUCUCUUCCUGUCAGUAUUCAAACUAUGUCAUGUAAAUUGCUUCUAAAUCUGGUCGAAGGUAUACGCAAAAGUGAUGAACAGGGAACAGGGCGUGAAAUACUGAUGAGAAUGCUCGAAGUGUUUGUCAGGAAAUUUCAUUCGAUAGCCAUGCAUGAAUUGCCAAUGAUUAUGGAAAAAUGCGACAAGAAAAAUGAUUUCUCCACAAACACAACUAAAGAAGCUGUUACUGCCACAACCACUGUCGAUGCUAACGCCAACAUGCAGAAAGUUACAUUGCCUUCACUUGUUCAAGAAUCAGAAUCAUCUUCAAGCAAGAAAUUCGUGGAGUCAAAAACGAGCAAUUUUUCGGCAGCAGAUUGCAAGAGUAUGGUAAAGACUUUAGUUUGUGGUGUAAAGACCAUCACAUGGGGUGCUGGAUCUUGUAGAGAUGCAACAACAUCAACCCAGGCUCAAGCUCCUUCCGACAAAUUUUUCCUUCCUCAGGAGACACCGCUUUUUUCACGUCUUUUAAAAUAUGCUCUGCAAGCAUUGGAUAUAUAUCAAGUUGUGCAAGCUGGAAACGGAACAUAUUAUAUUCGAACACCAAAUUCGCAGCAAAUUCGUAUGAAAGAGGAAAAAGAGAUAUUAGAACAUUUUGCCGGAGUUUUUACCAUGCUGAAUACCAACACUUUUAAAGAAGUAUUUCAAGAAAAUAUUGAGUAUUUGGUCAACAGAAUCCAGGCUAAUUUCGCCUUACAGAUAAUUCCAAAUUCAUUUCUUGCCAAUCCUCACACUUCUGCCACCUUUGCUACAAUCCUAAUGCAUUUUUUACUGAACAAAUUGGAUGAAAUGGGAACCAAUGUUGAAAAUUCCAAUUUGUAUCUGAAGUUAUUCAAACUUGUAUUUGGAUCAGUGUCCCUCUUUGCAUCUGAAAAUGAGCAAAUGUUAAAGCCUCACCUCCAUGAAGUUGUAAAUCGAUCUAUGGAACUUGCUUGUACUUCAAAAGAACCUUACAAUUACUUUCUGUUAUUAAGAGCUCUAUUCAGGUCAAUUGGUGGAGGGAAUCAUGAUCUUUUGUAUCAAGAGUUUCUUCCUCUUCUACCGAACCUUUUGCAAGGUUUAAAUAAUCUUCAAAGUGGUGUUCAUAGACAAUACAUGAAAGAUUUAUUUGUUGAGCUCUGUCUCACUGUACCUGUCCGUCUUAGCUCCUUGCUUCCAUAUCUUCCUAUGUUGAUGGAUCCUUUAGUUUCUGCCUUAAAUGGCUCGCAAACCCUUGUUAGUCAGGGACUUCGUACCUUGGAGCUUUGUGUUGAUAAUCUUCAACCUGAUUUUUUGUACGAUCAUAUUCAACCAGUACGAGCAGAGUUGUUUCAGGCCUUGUGGAAAACACUUCGAAAUCAAAGUGAUAACAUCGCUCAUGUUGCAUUCAGAGUUCUUGGAAAGUUUGGUGGUGGCAAUCGACGAAUGCUUAAGGAGCCUCAAAGGUUACAACCUAAUGACACGACAUCGAUUGGGCCUUGUGUUUCAAUAUUUUUCACCGAAAGCAAUUCUCCUGUUGUUCUGCCAAUUUCAUUAGUGAUCAAAACUGCUUUAGAAGAACUUAAGUCUGUUACUUCUCUUGCACCUCAACCAACAACUUCACAACAGCAGCAACAGCAACAACAAAACAACGCUCAAUCUGUAGAGAAUGCUGCCUUUUAUAAAAAGCAAGCAUGGAUUGCUAUUCAGUCAUUUCUUGUGGUUAUGAUUUCAUUUGAAGAUUCUGACAAUGUAUUUAAUGAAUUAUUAAUGCACGAGAGUUUUAAGAAGGAUUUUCCAAUAACUGGGAAAUCAGCCAUUUCUCCUUCCGUGGAUGAAGCCACAACAGAAACAGUUAGAAAUGCGCUUUUGGGAAUGCUUGUGGCAACAUCAAGCGUUGAGAUAAGAACAAAUGUAAUUCCAUUUCUUUGUCAUAUUGUGCGGCAUUAUACAAUCCUUGGUAUUGCACAGCAAGCUGGGCCUGGUCAAAGCAAACCAUCUACAAGUCCUCAAGGAACAGAUAUUCAUGUUUUGAUCGAUGCUAUUGCUUCAGUUAUGAUGUUAGAAGAAAAGGAGCUUUGUAAAACAGGAGAACUAGCUAUUUUAGUUAUGUGUGAAACUGCAAGUCUUAUCAUCGGUGAUUUAUAUAAGGCCUUGCAACUACCAUUGUUUGAAUAUCUGCUGGAAAAACUAUGUCAAUGUUGUUAUGAAAGAUCUUGGUUUGCAAAAGCAGGGGGAUGCAGGUCAAUAGCGUUCUUGAUGAAGACGAUGCCUUCGAAAUGGGUGAUCGAACAUCAACUUUCAUUUGCCAAAGCUCUCAUGUUUGUCAUGAUGGACCUUACGAACGAAGUGUCUGCAGGAACAGUUGAUUCUGCUAAAGAGACUUUAGAGAAACUUGUUCGUCAAUGUAAUGCCCGAGAUGAGAAGGAUGAAGAGAUUAUUGCCACACAGAAGAAAUGCGCUUUAGCGUUGCUCCAACAUCUUGUGAGAGAGGUUGUAUCAGCAAACACCGUUGUUCGUGAGCAGGCUCAAUCUAUGCUAAGUGUACUUUCAAAUAUAUCAGGAAAGUCAGUUUACGACAUAAUUGAACCACACAAAGGACUUCUAGAAGAAAUGAUGCCUCCAAAGAAACAUCUUUUGAGACACCAGCCUGUUAACAUGCAGAUUGCUUUGAUGGAUGGAAACACGUUCUGUGCAAAUCUAGAGCCUCGAUUAUUUACGUUAGAUCCUGUGAAUGUUCCUGAACAUAAGAUUUUCUUCAGAGAGUUACAAUUUCUUUGUGAAGCUGAAGAUUCUCAACUACAGAAACUUCCUUGCUAUAAAAAUGUCAAUAGCUUUUCGGAACUACGUAAAAGAGCUCUGUUUACCUUGGCGGCUUAUUAUUAUAUUCCUCAAGUCCGAGACGUCAUCUUUAACUCUCUUUAUAAGGCUCUAAAUUCUAGUUCUGCCGAGGUUCAAAAAGCUGGCAACGAGGCAUUAAAAAAGUUCUUGGCAAAAACCCCCCAAGUGGAAGCAGAAACUGUUCAACAAGCUAUACGUCCUUUGUUUCUAUCUCUUGGUGAUCACAGAGCCCUGAAUCUUCAAGUCAUCAAACGUCUCUCUUACGUUAUGGAGCUUUUUCCACAUUUAUUUAAUGAGAAACUAUGUGAUCAACUUUUGACUCAUUUGCAAACUCUCGCUGAAAUGUGCAUAACUGCUGCAAAUCAAAUUCAACAAGGUGCAAAGCCUAACAAAAAGAUGGAUGAUGUUAUACAGAUAUGUGCGGCUAUAAUUAAUAUAUUUCACUUGAUUCCGGCUGCAUCAAUGAAACUGCUGGAACCCUUAAUUCAAAUGGUCUUAAAAGUUGAAAAAGCUCUAUUGACAUCAAGCUCCUUUCGUAAACCUCUUUUAAAGUUUCUUGUUCGUUUCCCAUCUCAAACUGUCGAUUACUUUCUUUCUCACAUCAACAUUUCUCAAACGAGUAGAUUGUUUCUGUAUUUCCUCGAACAAGACGACGCAAAGGCUCUUCGUGGAGCGAUUGAAACAAGUCCUUUAAAAUUGGUUAAUAGCACAUUUCUUGUCACACAGUCUCAAGCUGAAGAACAAGCUGCUAAUUUUCAAAAUAAGUUAGAAUUACAAUUCCAAGGAAUAAUGAUAGUCAGGAUUCUCGUGAAAUUCAACGAUGAGUGGUUGUCACAUAAUCGUGUUUUGAUUGGACAUUUAAGAAGGAUAUGGACUUCUGAGAGUUUUCAAGAAAGAAUAAACAAGGAUGGAGUACCGGUUCACCGAUGGAGGGAACCAAAACUUUUGGUUAAGUGUUUAUUAAAUUAUGUAAAACACAAGCCCAGCGAGGUUGAAUUACUGUUUGAUUUAUUGCGUGUGUUUACCCAUCGCCAUAUUCCUGCUUUUCAGUUUCUCAAAACGUUUAUGAAAAAUGUUACGAAGAUCUAUUCGGUAGAACAGAAACGUGCAGUGUUUUUCAAAUUUGUCGACAUUGUUCACGAUGAGAAUUUUCCCCAAGAUUUAACUGCAAAGGUUCUUCAAUAUAUUAUCAUCCCAAUGUUCGUUGCGUCGUUUGAAAAAGGUGAAACUGAAGCUAUUAUUGGCGGUCCACCAAAUCCUGAACAAGAUAAUAAAGAGAACGUCAUUAGUGUUUUUGUCAGUCGAGUUAUCGAUCCAGAAAAUCCAUUUAAGACCUCUGAUGCUGUCCGUAUUUUACUGCUGCAGUUUUCAGCAUUACUCGUGGAGCAUGCUUCUCAACACAUUCACGAUGUUAACAACAAGAAACAGGGAAGAAAGUUAAGAAGAAUGAUGACAUUUGCUUGGCCUUGUUUGUUGCCGAAUAAACAAUGCGUAGACCCAGCUACAAAAUACCAUGGUCAUCUACUUCUUGCUCACAUCAUUUCCAAAUUUGCCAUUCACAAAAAAAUUGUCCUUCAGGUAUUUCAUCGUUUGUUAAAAGCUCAUGCAGCAGAAGCUCGUAAUGUUGUUCGUCAAGCUCUUGCUAUAUUGACUCCAGCUGUACCUACAAGAAUGGAUGAUGGAAAUCAAAUGUUAGCCCACUGGACGAAAAAGAUUAUUGUUGAAGAUGGACAUACGUUACCUCAACUUGUUCACAUGCUACAGCUCCUAGUACGUCAUUAUAAAGUUUACUAUCCUGUAAGAAAUCAUCUCAUUCAACACAUGAUCUCUGCAAUGCAGAAGCUUGGAUUUACCAGCAGUGCUACAAUAGAAAAUCGCAAACUUGCUGUUGAUCUAGCUAACGUUAUUAUUGAGUGGGAGAUAAGGCGAACGAAGGAAGAGCAAAAACAAGAUUCUACGGAGGGGAAAGUGGAAGAAAAAGAAACACCAACUGGAGCAGUGAAACGAAGUGCAGAGGAAACUGCUCCAAAUCAAGAAGCAAAAAAAGCAAAGAUAACAACACAGGUUUCUGUACCAAAAGACGGAAGUCUUUCAGCGUCUCUACGUGCUCCUGUUGAAAAACAUCAUGCUGAUGCUGUUGUCAAUUUUUUACUUCGAGUUGCUUGUCACGUGAACGAGUCGUCAACUACUGUGGGCUCUCCAGGAGAAGCGUUAUCAAAGAGAUGUGUUUUACUUUUGAAAACUGCUUUGAAGCCUGGGUUUUGGCAAGGAAGUGAUCUCAAAUUAGCGUGGCUUGAUAAAUUGUUCGUUACAUUGGAUCAAACUCCUGGAACAAAUUUCAAUAAUGUUUGCACUGGUUUGGAAGUUCUAACAUAUCUCCUUACAGUUGUGCCUCGUGAGCAUUGUCUACAAUUACUUAAACCAUUACAACGUGGUGUUGUGGCAUGUAUGACUUGUCAAAAUAUCAAAGUUAUCAGAGCUGUUCAUACAUUUUUAGUAAAAUUGACAAGUCUCUUUCCCCUUGAGUCAGCAACAAACACCGACAAAUACGAGGAGCUUGAGUUGUUAUAUACAAACCUUGGGAAGGUUAUUUAUGAAGGACUGAGUAAUUAUGCCAAGUCUGCCACACAAGUUGCUACAUCCACUCUUCAAGGUCCAUUGCUGUUUCUUAAAGCUGCAUUUUCGAGCUGCCCAUCUUAUAUAGACAGGCUUAUCAAUCCGUGUAUAAGAGCUUUACAGAAAAUGCAUAAGGAUCAUAUUGGUGGAUCAUCAGUUGGUGAUAUGCUUAUAACAUGUGUUGAUCUUGUCAAGUCUCGUCUUUGUUCCAUGGAUGCAGAAGCAAGAAAAUUGUUCAUUUUCAUUCUUGCUCAACUUAUUGAGAAAUCGCCUGAUGCCAAAUUACUAAAAGGAAUAACUAAAGUUACUGAAGAAUGGAUCAAAGCUAGAGCUACACCACAAAGCCCUACAUUAAGAGAGAAAGCCAUAUUACUUUGUCGUAUGAUGCCUAAUUAUGAAAAACGUUUUCCUGAAGAUUUUGAACUUCAUGCGCAAUAUCUUGAGCUCAUAAAUUACGUCUACAGGGACGAGAGUUUACUUGCUACAGAAUUAGUCGCUAAACUUGAGCCUGCAUUCAUGUCUGGACUGAAGUGUACUCAACCUCAGAUCAGGUCUCGAUUCAUGGAGAUAUUUGAUCUAACUGUCAGCAAGAAACUUUACGAACGUUUGUUGUACAUUUUCUGCUCACAGAAUUGGGAAUCAAUGAAAAGUCAUUUCUGGAUCAAACAAUGCAUAGAGUUACUUCUUGCUGCCGCCAUGUGUGAACGACGCUUGCAUUUGUCAAGUACUUUUAACAAAUUGCCUUCAUUGUUGAGCAUUUUGAAAAGAUCCAGCAAACAAGAAGCUAAAGAUUUAUUAAAAGCAUUGUCGAAAGAAAAUACAGAGUCUAAAGAAAAUGACUCAGAUCCUGCGAAAGUAGAACCCAUGGCAGUAGGAUCUUCUGAGGAAAUGAACAUGUUAUUUGUACAGGAAUGCUCUGAGAAAAUCUACUCUCUCAUGGACGAUGAAUCAUACCUUGCUAAUCUUGCAUUCCAAAACAAUCGUGAUCUUGCUUUGAAGACAUUACUCAAAAGACAUCAUGAAUUUUUAACGGAACAAAAAAAUACAAAGUCAACGCCAUUUCUUGGAGCUUUGGCUCAGCUUUGUCACCGUGAUACAUCUCUUUCUCAUGAAGUAUGGACUUACCUUUUCCCUGAACUUUGGAAACUUCUCAACGAAAAACAACAGCAGAUUCUAGCAGGAGAGUUAAGUCCUUUUAUGUGCAGCGGUACAAAUUGUGUUCAACUUGACAGUCAUCCUAGUGUUGUUCAUACAAUGCUUCAAGCAAUACUUCGUUGUGAACCUAUGAUUCCCAUGCGACCAUCCAUUCUUAAGUAUCUUGGCAAAUCUCACAAUCAAUGGCACCUAUCAACAUUAAUGCUUGAAGAUUACGUUACUUUAUGUGAGGAAUACGUUAGUCCACCAUUACUUGACCCAUCACCGUCUCUGGUGGAAAGUGUUUAUCAAGAAGAUGUUUCCGAUAUUAAUUCUCAGGAAACGUUAGAUUCUCUUGCUGAAAUGUAUUCACUAAUCAAUGAAGAAGAUAUGUGGGCUGGACUUUGGUUAAGAAGGGCUAGGUAUCCGGAAACUGCGACAGCAAUUGCAUAUGAAAAUCAGGGAUUUUUUGAGCAAGCACAAACAACUUACGAACUAGCUAUGACCAAAGCCCGUGACGCGCACAGUAGAAAUCCUGCAUCAGCUAAUGUUCUUCCAGAAUACAAACUUUGGGAAGAUCAUUGGAUAAAGUGUUCUCAAGAACUUGGUCAAUGGGAUCUUCUUAUGGAAUUUGGUAAAUCAAAAGGAAACAACAAUCCAUUCUUAGUUUUGGAAAGUGGUUGGCGAGUCCCUGAUUGGCCAUCGAUGAAGGAAGCUUUAGCUCAGGUUGAAAAGGGUUUCCCUGACUCUAUUUUAUACAAACACGAUCUUUAUCGAGCAUAUAUUGAAAUAUGCAAUUCCGAAGAUCAGCAGCAUCCAAAAGUGCUUCAACGUGAUGUGGAAAAAUUUGUUGAGAAUUCAUGUGCCCAAGCCAUACGGCUGUGGAAACGCUUACCAAGUAUUAUAUCACAACAACACGUUCCUUUGUUGCAGGCUUCACAACAAAUUGUUGAACUGCUUGAAGCUUCUCAAAUCAGAACGGGAAUACAACCUCAAAGCAUUGGUCGGAACACCAGUUUGCAUGACAUGAAAGCAAUUAUUAAGACCUGGAAGAACCGUUUACCGAUGAUAUCUGAUGGUUUAAGUCACUGGAGUGACAUAUUCCAUUGGCGACAUCAUCAUUACAAUGCUGUUGUUAGUGCUUAUGAAGCUCAAAAUGAUCAGACCAACCAUUCAAUGCAGGGUGUUCACGCAUCUGCGUGGUCAAUUAUUCGCUAUGGUCAAAUUGCAAGGAAACAAUCAUUAACUGGUGUUUGUUUGGAUUCACUUAGCAGAAUUCACACGAUCCCAAGUGUUCCAAUAAUUGAUUGUUUUCAAAAAAUCCGUCAGCAAGUCAAAUGCUAUCUUCAGAUGGCUGGUACAAUGAGAAAACAAGAAUUGCAGGAGGGUCUUGACGUUAUCGAAAGCACAAAUUUAAAGUACUUUUCAAAGGAAAUGACCGCUGAAUUUUAUGCAUUAAAAGGAACUUUCUUAGCGCAGAUUGGACGAUCAGAGGAUGCAAAUAAAGCCUUCUCACAGGCCGUACAGAUGCAUGACAACUUGAUCAAAGGAUGGGCACUGUGGGGCGACUAUCUUGCUGCUAUAUUUCUGAAAGAAAGAACAAUGACACUGGGAGUUUAUGUUAUCAUUUGCUAUAUGCAAGCAUGUCGAAACCCUAACGAAGCAAAAUGUCGCAAGUAUCUCGCUCGUACCCUUUGGCUUCUUACCUAUGAUGAUGAAAAGGGUGUCCUUGGAGAAGCUUUGGAGAAGUACUGUGUUGGAGUGCCUCCUGUUCAUUGGUUACCAUGGAUUCCUCAGCUUCUCACUUGCUUAACGCGGAAAGAUGGAUUAAAAGUUUCAAACUUACUUCUUCAAAUUGGUCGAGUCCACGCACAGGCUGUUUAUUUCCCUAUCAGAACUUUGUAUCUUGCAUUAAAACUGGAGCUCCUAGAAAAGUACAAACAUGAAAAUAACACAGGAGCAAAUAAAACCAGUAAACAAAGCUCAACGACAUCCACUACAAGUACAACUACAACUACAAUGACAACUGCUUCUAUAUUACCUACUUCCACAAUGAUUAACCCUACAGAUGAACAAAAUACCAAAGUUGAAGCCACCUUAUCUAUCUCAACAGUAACACAGAAUGCAACUAGCGUUAACAAGACCUCGAUAUCCCAGAGUUCAUCAGUUGACUCAACAAGCAGCUCAGAUAGCGCUUUAAAACCCAAUGAAUGUAACACUUCAACAACCUCUUCCAAUUCUGCUGCUUUACAAGGUCAGGGGGGAGGAGAGGCAAUGCGUGUAACUCCUUCAAUGCGGUUAUGCAGUCGCAUAAUGCAUGCGUUACGUGAUCUGCAUCCUACUUUACUGGCUGCUCUUGAAGGCAUUGUUGAUCAGAUGACAUGGUUUCGUGAGUGUUGGCAUGAAGAAGUUUUAAGACAGUUACGUCAAGUACUUACAAAAUGUUAUCAAGUCGCUUUUCAAACAAGGACAGAUGUUUCCAAUGCGAAAGUGACACCUCACACGAUGAGUUAUGUGAAGAAACUUGUCAGUACAUUUGGAAUGGGAUUUGAGUUAGGUGGUGCUACAUCGCAGCAAAGUGGCUCCACAGGCUCAGAGUCUCUUGCAAGACGAGCGCAUGCCACUGUGCAGGAUCCCAUGUUUCAAAAAUUAAAAGAACAGUUUACUGCUGAUUUUGAUUUUAAGUCCCCUUGCUCACUUGGUCUUCAUUAUUUAAUUGCCAAAUUGAAAAAAUGGAUAAAGAUUUUGGAGGCAAAGACAAAGUUAUUAUCUAGUUCUUUUCUGCUUGAAGAGCGCUGUCGUUAUCUUAGUGUCUUUUCCAUCGCCACGGCCGAUGUUGAACUUCCAGGAGAAUUUUUAAUGCCCAAAUCGAACAUCCAUAGCUAUUAUUCCAUACGUAUUGCUCAAUUCAUGCCUCGUGUUGAACUGGUACAAAAACAUAACAUGUCUGCUAGAAGAUUGUAUAUCCGAGCUAAUAAUGGCAAAAUUUAUCCAUAUUUGGUCGUUAAUGAUGCAUGCGUCUCUGACUCACGAAGAGAAGAAAGGGUUUUACAGUUGUUAAGAAUUCUUAAUCUUUACUUGGAAAAACGCAAGGAGUCUAGUAGAAGACAUCUCUUAUUCACUGUACCUAGAGUUGUUGCUGUUUCUCCUCAAAUGCGCUUGAUUCAGGAUUCUCCAUCGUCUAUUUCAUUUAAAGAUAUUAUGAAGAAGCAUUAUUCAACACAAGAUAUUGAUGAAGAUACUGCAGUUGCUCUUUAUUAUGAAAAAUUAGCCGCUGUUCAAGCAAAAGGAGAACAAAGUACACAUCAGGUUUUAAGAGACAUUUUUAAAGAGAUUCAAAGUACAAUAGCUCCCGAAGUUAUUUUAAAAGAAUGGGCAGAACGCACUUAUAGACAAGCAAUGGACUACUGGACUUUUAGAAAACAAUUUACAGCUCAACUUGCUUUGCUACAGUUUGCCGAGUUCACUCUUCAUUUGUCAAAACUGUCUCCCGAAAUGUUACAAAUCAUUCGUGAUAAUGGAAGGUUAAACGUCACUUAUUAUAAGUUUGAAAUCGACGAAAGCAAAGGUGAACUUGAUGCCAAUCGUCCUGUCCCAUUUCGACUUACUCCGAACAUAAGUGGAUUCAUCUCGCCAGUUGGUAUUGGUGGUGUUCUUACUUCAUCUAUGGUUGCUGCAGCAAGAUGUUUAGUUGAUCCAAAGUUUAGUAUUGAUAGCAUCCUUCGAGCUAUUUUGCGGGACGAAAUACUUUCAUGGCACAAAAAGAAAUACGACAGUCUCAUGCAUUCUAAUGUACAGUCAACAUCAGAACAACUUGACAACGAAGAUUUGAUAAAUUUAGUGAAUAGUGCUGUCGGUUCUGUUAUGACACGUCUACAAAAUUUGGCAGAAUUUGAUGGCGCAGAAACCAAAGUUAGUACUUUAGUUGGGGCCGCAAUGAGUGCGGAUAAUCUUUGUCGUAUGGAUCCAGCGUGGCAUCCUUGGCUUUGAAUAUUCUUUAACAAUGGAGAUGUCUUAGAAAGUCUUUUAUUUUAUGGAGGGCAAAAAAGAUUCUUCGUAUACACGUAAGCAAUUCGUGCGAAUGUGAAAAAAAGAUUUUUAACGAACUGUGACAUUUUAUUUUACGAGUUUGUUUUUAACAAGACAAUAUUUAUUUAUUUUGUCAUAAAACAUGUCAAACUUCAAUAAUGAGAAUGUAUAAGAUGUGAGAGGAUAUGCUAUGCAUGUAUGAUAUAUUUAAACGUUUAUACACAAAAA